AUGAAGCAUCUUAAGACUGCUGGAUGUCUACGCUUGGAUACCAAUAGGAAUUCCGGGAUCAAAAGGUUUCUACAGACUGAGGUAGAAAAUUCAGCCAGUACGCCAUUUUCAUCCCAAGAAUGGGAAGAAGAUAUUCUCCAAUUCCUUACCCUUAAUCGCUUGCCAUUCAAUAUAGUCGAACAUGUGUCAUUCAAACGUCUAUUCUACAAAGCUCGCUCUGCCCCAGCUACUUUACAAUUCCCCUCCGCCGAUACUAUGCGUCGCCGACUCGGGGGCAUAGUCAAAGAUCGACAGCAGUGUAUCCUUCGUACGCUCCCCCCUCACUCUAAGAUAUCUAUUGCGCUUGACUUCUGGACGUCUCCUUUCUCGCAGGCAUUUAUGGCCAUUACUGGCUAUUUCAUUGAUGCUGAUUGGGUUUAUCGAGAGGUGUUUCUUGGGUUUAAACCGGUUUCUGGCUCACAUACCGGUGAUAAACUAAGUGGUAUUCUGUUAGAAACACUUGUAGAGCAUGAAAUUAUAGAUAGGGUCUUUGGAUUAACGACAGAUAAUGCGUCGAAUAAUAAGACACUGGCUACUGCUCUUCAGCAAGCGUUACAAGACAGAGCUUUCAUCACCCGGAUCCCAUGCCUUGCCCACGUUAUUCAGCUUAGUUUGAACCAGCUUCUUUCUCAGAUCAAGGCCAGUCCAACAAAUGACUCGACUGAGACAAAGUGGACGGAGAAGCAGUCAAACCUCGCCCGGGAAAAUGCGAAGCAACGGUCUGAUUCAUAUCACAUCUCUUCUACAAUAAACAAGAUCCGUUAUCUUGCAGUUUAUAUUAACGCAAGUCCCCAGCGCCGAGAGACAUUCUGUGGACUUCAGGUAACCGAUGUUAAGAUUGUUCCAAUCCAAGACGUACGGACCAGGUGGAAUUCAACAUACUUGAUGCUUCGCCAGGCAAAGCGACUACGCAGAAUCUUUACUCUAUUUUGCACAGAGUAUGAAUGUGGGGAGAUGCUUCCUAGCGAUCAAGAAUGGCGCCAGAUCGACUAUUUGCUGUUCAUCACCGAGCCGUUCUUUGAUUAUACAACACAGCUUCCAAAGACUCGAGACAUCACAGCCCAUUAUAUGUUUAUAAUUUAUAAUAAGCUGUUUACUCAUCUUGAACAAUAA